AUGUUGUCGUUAGACUCUACACAUGUUGAGGUUCGAAUUCUAUUUUUCGGGAAAGCAAGAGAACUAGUUGACUGUGAGGAAACAAAAGUAGUCUUGAGUAGCGUUAUCAGAUACACAGAACUCAAAUCACUUUUCUUUAAUGAGCUAUUCCCAGCGUUGCGAUCAAUCGAAAGGUCUUGUAUUUUGGCGGUAGAUCAGAGAUAUGCCGAUUGCGAUGAUGAAGUUCAUCUGACCCCAUCUAGUGAAGUAGCUGUCAUUCCGCCACUGAGUGGAGGUUGA